CGCGCGAGGCGGCUCGGGGCCGCUGUCAGUUCAGUGCAGGCUCGGGCUGUAGCGGAGGCGCGAGCGCCUCGGCCUGCUGGUCCCUCCCCGCGCCGAGCCCAGGCUGGUGUAAGGCUUGGAAAGUUGGCUGGCAAUACUGGACAUUACAUCACCACAGUGGCUUGCUAGAAGAUGACCAUAGAAGAUCUUCCAGAGCCUUCCUUAGAAGGAGAUUCUUUGAAUCGGAGAAAUCCAUUUUUGUUCCCUGGCUCAGAAACAUCAGUUACUUUUUCAGUUGCUGCAGCACCAAUGCCUUCAGACUGUGAGUUCUCCUUCUUUGAUCCUAAUGAUGCAGCAUGCCAAGAAAUUCUUUUCAACCCCAAAACAUCAGUUUCUGAAUUGUUUGCCAUCUUAAGGCAAUGGGUCCCACAGGUCCAGCAGAACAUAGAUAUCAUUGGGAAUGAGAUCCUUAAGAGAGGCUGCACCGUGAAUGACAGAGAUGGACUGACUGAUAUGACUCUCUUACAUUAUACCUGUAAAUCUGGGGCUCAUGGUAUUGGUGAUGUUGAGACUGCUGUGAAAUUUGCUUCUCAACUUAUUGAUCUGGGUGCAGAUAUCAGUUUGCGUAGCCGUUGGACAAAUAUGAAUGCUUUGCAUUAUGCUGCCUACUUUGAUGUUCCGGAGCUCAUUAGUAUCAUUUUGAAAAAUGCGAAGCCAAAAGAUGUGGAUGCCACCUGCAGUGACUUCGAUUUUGGAACAGCUUUGCAUAUUGCUGCAUUUAACCUGUGCACAGGAGCUGUCAAGUGUUUACUGGAACAUGGAGCAAAUCCUGCCUUCAGGAAUGACAAAGGCCAGAUUCCAGCAGAUGUGGUUCCUGAUCCAGUGGAUAUGCCAUUGGAGAUGGCAGAUGCAGCAGCCAGUGCAAAAGAAAUCAAACAGAUGCUGUUGGAUGCAGUGCCUUUAUCAUGUGACAUCUCCAAGGCCAUGCUUCCAAACUACGAUCAUGUCACUGGCAAAGCCAUGCUUAUGUCCCUUGGACUGAAACUGGGAGAUCGUGUUAUCAUUGCAGGACAGAAGGUUGGUACAUUAAGAUUUUGUGGUACAACAGAAUUUGCCAGUGGACAGUGGGCUGGCAUAGAACUGGAUGAACCAGAAGGAAAGAACAAUGGAAGUGUUGGAAAAAUCCAGUAUUUCAAGUGUGCAGCAAAAUGUGGCAUCUUUGCACCCCUUUCUAAAAUAAGUAAGGCUUCAGAUCACAAGAAGAAUCCUGUAAGAAGUCCUUCCACACGAUCUUCACCUUUGGUCAAAUCCAAGAAAAUCGAUGUAACACGCGUAACUUCCAAGGUGAAUACUGGUUUAGCUGCAUUAAAAAAAGAUAAUGGUUCUGAAUCUAACUUUUUGGCUACUGAAGGAAUAAAAGCAAUGUCUGGGGAAGGAGCUUUUUCUGGCUCCAGUAGCUCUUCUUCUACUACUUCUUUAGAGACUAAACAUAAUCAUCUCCCAAAAAGGAGUUCAACCAACAGUAAUAAGAAGGCAGCGACUAAAGUAACUUCCAUCUCAUCUAAAACCAGUACUGGAUUGAAUAAUGCUUCUCCAGCCACAAGAAAAAACCCUUUUGAUGAAGGAGAAAUUCAGCUUGGAGACAGGGUGCUGGUAGUUGGACAGAGAACUGGCACUGUUAGAUUCUAUGGGUCGACAAAGUUUGCACCAGGGUUUUGGUGUGGUAUUGAACUGGACAAACCUCAUGGCAAGAAUGAUGGUUCAGUUGGAGGGGUGCAGUACUUUAGCUGCCUCCCUAGAUACGGCAUAUUUGCACCACCAUCUCGUGUGCAGAGAUUAACAGGUUCCCUAGACUCCCUCACAGAAACUUCCUCAGGUAAAAUGAAUCAGUCUUUUCCAGGUUUUAAACGAAGUUUGAGUACAACUUCUGCAUCUUCUCAAAAGGAAAUGAACAGGAGGCACACCUUUGUCAGAUCUAAGAGCUCUGUUCUUCGGCGCAGCUGGAGUAACACCACUACAGCUAACACUGAGGGAUCGGUGAAGCUACACGAGGGUUCUCAGGUCCUUCUAACCAGCUCUAAUGAGAUGGGCACUAUUAGGUACAUUGGUCCUACUGACUUUGCACCAGGGGUAUGGCUUGGACUUGAACUCAGAAGUGCCAAGGGGAAGAAUGAUGGAACUGUGGGUGAGAAGCGGUAUUUCACUUGCAAGCCAAACCAUGGAGUCUUAGUUCGACCUAGUAGAGUAACAUAUCGUGGGAUUAAUGGGGCAAAACUUGUGGAUGAUAUUUGCUGACCCUAAAUGCAUACAACAAGUGAGCCAAGUGCUGAUGCAGUGGAAUAGAAGGAUUAAAGCACUCAAAAGAGCCCCAAACUUGUCUGCAUGGACCGCUGGCUUUUUUUUAUCUUCAGAGUUAAACCUGUAUUUUUGCAAUUCAUGCCAAUAUCCUUAGGCUGUAACUAGUCACACCAAGGAGUGAAAUUAAUAUUUCAUUUCAUGCAUUUGAAACCAUCCUUGCUUUGGGAAUAUAUUGUAAAACUGUCUUAGGUCUGAGAUGCCAUAUUUGAAUAAUAUUCAAAGAUAAAGGCAUAUCUGAUGCUUGAUGAAAUCACAAAGCUUUAGAGAGCAUGUGACUUUUUUCCAACUACUAAUGAGCUUGAUAAUGCUUUAUGUACUGCUUUUUGUGACAGAGGAGUUUACUAACAAGUGACAUUAGUCCGUUUACUAGACACUUUGUCCAUUGCUGCACCAGCUGGUAGCAAUAAGCAGGAAAAAAGAAAUUACUUUUUUCCCCAAAUUGGCUGUGAAGCAGUUUAGUAUUUUACCAUUCAGAAAAAUUCUACCCUUUGAAAGGGUGUAUGGGUUGAUGGCAAAAGAAGGUAAAUGGAAGAAUUUACUGCUACAGUGGUAUGGAACUAAAAAUCGCUAAUUUACCAUGUUUCAGGUUUGUAGUAAAGCACUUUUCAUCGUAGGCUUUUGUGAAAAGACAGUAAAAACAUGCAAGAAGCACUUUUCAAAAUAUAAUGCACUUUUCCUCUCCCCUCUUGAGAGUUAUCCCCCAUUCCUUGAAGAAUUUCGCUGCAAGCUAACAUUUUUAAUGAAUAUGAAACUAAGGUUGGAUCAUAUAUAGUACCUGCAUUAUAAAUAUUAAGUCUUUAUAGUCUGUGCUGUGCAGAACAUACAUAUAUAUCUGUUUUAAAUCAAGCUUGUCACUUUUUAUUGGUUUGUACCAUGUCCAUCAGAACAGGUCCUUUUUUUCCUACAUUUGCCAUUUUUAUAUUUCUAAUUUGUCUCUAAAUGUAUAAGUAUUGAUUAAAUUUAGUAUCUCUUUAGAUGCAAUACUGAAACUCUUAUUUUAUUUGAAUGCAAUAUGGUCUUUUAAACAACUGAAUAAGAAUGUGUCUGUCUCUUUAAAUAAGUUUGUUUUUUUUUUUAACUGUUUGGCAUACAUUAACAGUAUUUCACUACAGGUAUUCAGGAGCAUAAAUAUCCCAGAAACAGUAAUUUAGCACAGAACUGUUUGUUUGAAUGUCACUUACAUGAAAAGCAUAACACAGUAUCCCAUCUUUAGGCUGAAUUCUGCAGUUUAUACAAAGUAUGUGAUAUUUUAAAUAUUGUUAUAGUUAUUUUUUUCUGAACUAUAUUAAGAUUGCAUAUUCUAACAUGGAAAUUUUUAAUAGAAGAUAAUUGUAAAUAUUGAAUGUAAACAUUUUAUUAAACCAUCUAAAUUAUU